AUGAACCUGGAAGGGCUGGAGAUGAUCGCAGUGCUGGUGGUCCUGGGGCUCUUUGUUAAGGUGCUGGAACAGUUUGGGCUCUUCGAACCCAUUGGAGUGGAAGGGAUCCUGAGUGUACAAGAGUUCAAGAAGCUCAAUGCCAACGCCUUCCAACAGUUCCUGCAACAGCAUGCACACCUGGCUGUACCAGGGGGAGGGGGCGCACCGAUUGCUGAGGCACCUGCAUCAAAGGAGAGGGGAGUAACUCAUCUGACAUGCCUGCCUGACACCGUGGAGAACAGCGAACUGCUGCAGGUGGUGCGUUACCAGCGGGGGGGCACUACUACAUUCACCACCCCGAGACUGCUAUCACACCAAGCUGGCAGCCAACUCCUAGAUAGGGCACUGUGUUUUGAUUUCCGGUACAUCACAGUCCUGUUCUACCUUAACUCUGUCCUUGGAGGAGGGAAGACGAGCUUCCCAGUCGCCGAUAACAGAACAUAUGAGGAAUUGGUGAGGGGGUGUGUGUCCCAGAAGCACUGUGACAAGGGCAACCUGCGUGUGAAGCCCAGCCAGGCCAGCGCCCUCCUGUGGUACAACUACCUGUCUGAUGGAAAGAGAUGGGUGGGGGACCUCUAUGAGUACUCUCUGCACAGAGGCUGUGUGGUCACUCAGGGCACUAAGUGGGUUGCUAAUAACUGGAUUAAUGUAGACCCAGACUCCUGGCAGCAAACUCACAACCAGCAGCUCAUGUCCCAUCUGGCUGGGGAGGAGACUGCCACUGAGAGGCUGGAGAAGCUGUACCGGGGGAUCCAUACAGACCAGAACCAGAACCUUUACACAGACCAGAACCUGCAACAGAGUCUCCACACAGACCAGGAAUGAAGGAACAGAGUGAAGAGAUGACCAGUGAACCAAGGAACAGAGUAAACCAGAGUAAAGAGAUGACCAAGGAACAGAGUGAGGAGAUGACCAGUGAACCAAGCAACAUAGUAAAGAUAUGACCAGUGAACCAAGGAACAGAGUAAAGAGAUGACCAGUGAACCAAGCAACAGAGUAAAUAGAUGACCAGUGAACCAAGGAACAGAGUAAAUAGAUGAUUAGUGAACCAAGAAACAGAGUAAAGAUAUGACCAGUGAACCAAGGAACAGAGUAAAUAGAUAACUAGUGAACCAA